AUGGUUGACAAAGAAAACAGUGCAACAGCUAACACCGAAAUUAACGAAAUUUCUGCAAAGUUUGAGAAGAUCUCCAACCUAGAAACCUUGAAAGGAAUCGUAAGUGUUUUGCAUUUUUUCUCGGACUAAAAAGCGUAUUUCAGUCGUCAGAAGAUGUUCCUUUCGAAGAAGACAUUCUUCGUAAUCCAACAUCCGUCAAUUGUUGGCAGAGAUAUAUCGAUCAUAAAAGGAAUAACAACUCUCCCGCAAAACAAGUGUUCCUGGUAUAAAAACAAACACUUAUUCCGGAAUUUUGAAGCUGUGUUUUUACAGAUCUAUGAACGUGCUCUGGCUAUUUUCGAGAGAAGUUACAAGUUGUGGUAUCAUUAUCUGAAAUACCGAGAGAGCACAAUUGUGAGCAAGUGUCCGACUGAUAAUGCAUGGUGUUCGCUGUGCGAUACUUAUGAGAGAUGUCUGAUGCGACUGCACAAGGUAUUUUGUAAGCCCUAAAGACCCUAUCGUUAUUUUGCUAAUUUCAGAUGCCCCGAAUUUGGAUUUGCUACUGCGAGUUGAUGGUUAAGCGAGGCCUCAUCACGGAAACCCGACGCGUUUUCGAUCGAGCCCUCCGCUCACUUCCAGUCACUCAACACAUGCGUAUUUGGACCAUUUACAUCGACUUUCUCACAAGCCACGACCUUCCGGAAACCACGAUCCGUGUCUACAGAAGAUAUCUGAAACUGAACCCGAAAGCCCGCGAGGAUUACGUCGAGUAUCUCAUCGAAAGAGACCAAAUCGACGAAGCCGCCAAAGAAUUGUCUACUCUCGUCAACCAGGACCAAAAUGUGUCGGAGAAAGGAAAAACCGGUCAUCAGCUGUGGACGCAGCUCUGCGAUCUCAUUUCCAAAAACCCCGUCAAAAUCUUUUCUCUCAACGUGGAUGCUAUUAUCCGACAGGGAAUCUACCGAUACACGGAUCAGGUCGGAUUCCUCUGGUGUUCUCUCGCCGACUACUACAUUCGUAGCGCAGAGUUCGAAAGAGUGAGAUUCAACUUUAUGAAUUUCUUCACUUUUUUAUUCUUCCAGGCUAGAGACGUUUAUGAAGAGGCUAUAGCAAAAGUGUCAACUGUUCGGGACUUUGCUCAAGUUUACGACGCGUAUGCUGCAUUCGAAGAGAGGGAAGUGUCGAUCAUGAUGGAGGAAGUGGAACAAAGUUCGGAUCCAGAAGAAGAAGUUGAUCUCGAGUGGAUGUUCCAGAGGUAUAAUUGAAGCUUCGGCCACAACUAAAUGACGACAUUCAGAUAUCAAAACUUGAUGGAACGAAAGAAUGAGUUGAUGAACAGUGUUCUCCUGCGACAGAAUCCACACAAUGUCGGUGAAUGGCUAAACAGAGUGAAGUUGUAUGAAGGAAACUACGAGAAACAGAUUGAAACUUUCAAAGAAGCCGUAAAAUCGGUAAAUCCGAAGAUUCAAGUCGGAAAGGUCAGAGAUCUGUGGCUUGCCUUCACUAAAUUAUACGAAGAGCACGAAGACCUGGAUAUGGCACAAAAGACUUUCGAAACGGCAGUCAAUUCUCAGUUUGGAGGAGUUAGCGAGUUGGCCAACGUGUGGUGUGCCUAUGCGGAAAUGGAGAUGAAGCACAAACGACCGAAGGCCGCACUUGCGAUUCUGCAGAGAGCGUGUGCCGUUCCGAAGCCUGGAGACUUUGAAAACAUGCAAUCAGUGCAGGCAAGAGUGCACCGAAGUCCCAUUAUGUGGGCGAUGUACGCCGACUACGAGGAAUGUUGCGGAACGGUUGAAUCGUGCCGCAAAGUCUACGACAAGAUGAUCGAACUGCGCGUCGCUUCGCCGCAAAUGAUUAUGAAUUACGCAAUGUUCCUCGAAGAAAACGAAUACUUCGAGCUGGCGUUCCAGGCGUACGAAAAGGGAAUCGCUCUGUUCAGAUGGCCGAGUGUAUUCGAUAUUUGGAACACUUAUCUUGUCAAAUUCAUAAAAAGAUACGGUGGAAAGAAGCUGGAACGAGCUCGUGAUCUGUUUGAACAAUGCCUCGAAAACUGCCCUCCAAAACAUGCAAAAUGUAAGUUUCAAAUCUAGAUUACAUAUUUACCUUCUUACUUUAUUUCAGACAUCUUUCUGCUCUACGCAAAGCUCGAGGAGGAGCAUGGACUCGCUCGCCACGCCCUUUCCAUUUACAACAGAGCAACUUCUGGAGUCGACCGAUCGGAUAUGCAUUUGGUAAAAUCAAUUUGAAUUAUUUAAACAUUACGAGUGAAUUUUUUCAGAUGUAUAAUAUCUACAUCAAAAAAGUGCAAGAAAUGUACGGAAUCGCCCAGUGCCGUCCAAUAUUUGAAAGAUCCAUUUCGGAGUUGCCGGAAGACAAAUCGCGAGCUAUGAGCUUGCGAUACGCUCAGUUGGAAACUACAGUCGGAGAAAUUGAUCGAGCCAGAGCAAUAUACGCGCACGCGGCUGAAAUUUCGGAUCCGAAGGUGCAUGUCAAGUUCUGGGACACUUGGAAAAAUUUUGAAGUGGCCCAUGGGAAUGAGGCCACCGUGCGAGACAUGCUCCGUGUCCGUCGCUCCGUCGAGGCUUCUUACAACGUGAACGUAACUCUGACAUCUGUUCAAAUGCGUGUGGAUGCCGAACGGAAAGCCCACGAGACGACGAGCGGAACCGCCAAUCCGAUGGAUUCUUUGGAUCAGCAAGCACAGGACGGAGGAUCGAUUACGCAAGUGUCUCUCAACAAGGGAAACAUUUCGUUCGUUCGCGGAGAGAGCAAAACGGUGCAGCAAGGAACGACAGAGAAUCCGGACGAGAUCGACUUGGACAACGACGAGGAAGACGACGAAGAGGAGGACAUGGACAUCGAGACGCAGACGGUGCCAGCACAGAUCUUCGGAAGUCUGAACCCGGAGGAGGACAACGAUGCUCAAGCUUGA